AUUUCGGUAAAAAAAAAAAAAACGAAUUAGUUUAUUUAAAAUAUUAAUUAAUAUCUGCCAAGACUGCUGAAGCGCUCUGUAUCUUGAAAACUCCGCAAGGUCAUAAGCUAAACCCGAGUGGCUGGCCGUCGGCCAUCAUCUCCGGCGAUCCGUGCAGUUGCUGAAUAGAACCGAAUAACGAAUUGAUUGAAUUUAGUGGUAAAGAUGCACGGAAGGCCUCGUAAAGCUCUAUCGCAGGAAGAUGGAAAAGCUUUAGCUAGUAAAGCUGCUAAGCUUCGUACCUUACAAUCUCAGUUCCUCCACUUUCAUCAGAAUAAAAUUUACACUGCAGAAGCUGUGGAAGUAAGUGCCAAGCUUUUGGAGGCUAAUCCUGAGUUCUAUACCGCUUGGAAUUAUAGAAAACUAGCUGUUCAGAGCAAUCUCGCUGCUGCUCAAUCCACUGAUUCGGAUGGUUCUAUUAACUCCAUUCUCGAUGAAGAAUUGAAAGUUGCUGAGAAUGCUUUGAAGAAGAAUUAUAAGUCGUACGGUGCAUGGCAUCACCGGACAUGGGUAUUAAGCAAAGGGCAUUCUUCAACAGAUCGGGAGUUGCGGCUUUUAAAUUUGUUCCAAAAGCAAGACGCCAGGAAUUUUCAUGCAUGGAAUUACCGCAGAUUUGUAACGGCCCUAAGGAACAUCUCAAAAGAGGAGGAGCUACAAUUCACCACCGAUAUGAUAAAUGAUAAUUUUAGUAACUAUUCUGCUUGGCACAAUCGGAGUGUACUUCUGUCUCAACUGCUGAAAGAAAAGGCUCAAGGUUAUUCUCUUGAGCAAAAUGUUCUAGAAGAGGAGUAUGAGUUUGUACGUAAUGCAGUGUUUACUGAUCCAGAUGAUCAAAGUGGUUGGUUUUAUCAUCUUUGGCUUCUUUCUCAGACUGUCAAACAUGAUAGACCUCUGUUGGUUUCUACUUGGCCGCCUCAUGGAUCCGAUGUUCAUGUUCCAACUUAUAAUUCUGCUGAAGGUUUCACCCCUUCCCAAACCGCAAGUGUUCAUUCUUCUGGAGGGUGUUUCCCUGUAGUGCUGUAUUUUAGUGAAGCUGUCAGAGGUGUGAAUCUAACUACAGUAACUAUUGAAGUUGAGUUUGACACAAACAGUGAUCUCAAAUGGAAGCCACUUUCAGCAAAUGUAUAUGGGUGUGCCCAAGCUUGGGUAGCAUAUGUAAAUUGUCCGGAUGGAGAACUCCAUGCUGCGAGGACUUAUCCUGUAAAACUCAGGCUAGGACAUUCCCCGGGCAUCACAUCUUUACAUGGCACCCACUACAAUCAUCUCUCUUGUAUUGAAUUCAAAGUCUCAAUACUACCUGGUAAUUCAAUACAUACAGAAAACAGAGGACAGAGGACUUCGUGGAAAGAUGAUAAUUUCAUCCCGUAUGAAACUAAUCACCAAAAUUCGAGCCUUCUUGAUAUGUUUUUUAAUCUGAGUAUUGAUGAAGGCAGUGAGACAACUGCUUCCAAGUGGCAGGCUGAGGCCAUUGCUAAUGAGAUAGCUCAGUAUAGGGAGUUGUUGUCAUUUUCGAAUUGUAAAAUUGGAAAGCUGACAUUAGCAAGACUAUUGAUAGCACAUGAUGCAAUGAUAUCACACAACAAUCUCAAUGCCUCCAGCAUUGUCCAAUCAGAAGAAGUAUUAGGACUAUAUCAGGAUUUAAUGAAGACGGAUCCAACACAUUCUCAAUACUACAAGGAUGAGUACAGCUCUGUCUUGCUGAAGCAGGUGACUUCAAGCAGGGAAUCUUUACUGGGUUACUGCCAUCAAUACAGGAAAUCAACUUCUACAGAAAAUAGUGAUUUAAUUUGUCUAAGAUUAGCUAGUCUUUCAAUAACACGCAUUGGAUCUUUUGAAAAGUUGCUAUGGGUACGCAUGCUAGACCUUAGCCACAACCAUCUGCAGUCAAUUGAAGGUUUGGAGGCUAUGCAGCUUCUUUCUCAUUUGAAUUUAAGCAACAAUAGACUAUCUAGUUUUACUGCUUUGGACCCUUUAAGGUUUCUAAAGUUUCUAGAUGUACUAGAUAUCUCAUUCAAUGAGAUUGGUUCACAUACUGUCGACACAAGAAGGUAUCUGUGCUCCUCUCCACUGUCCCAUACAACUGGAAGUGAUUUUAAUAUUGAGGAACUGACAACCAACUAUUUGAAAGAUGGAAACUACUGGGAAGCUUAUUUGACUUUCAAAUGCUUGAAUUUGAUAGAAUUAGAUUUAAGGGGGAAUGUCAUUGUAAAUGAAAACUUCAGGUCAUAUAUGUCAAACCUGAUGCCUAAUCUUAAAUGGCUUGAUGGUGAAGAAUUGCACUGAUAUUUGAGCUGAUGAUGGUUCUUUUUCUGUUCUAUUGUUAUUUACGAAAAACAAGUGUAAUAGAAUUUUUUUUUAUAAAGAAAUAUUAAUCUAGCCUGCC